AUGUGGAAAUAUUCGUUGAUUUUGGCGCUAUUUUCAGGCGAAUCGUUGGGAUUCUUCUCGCAAGGUGCUCUCAGCCUUUUCAACGGUCCACCCACUGGUUUCAAUCAACCACAAAAUGGAGACGAUUUCACUCUUUAUAAUAAUCUGCAAGGAUUCGACGGCCCACCCACACUCUAUUUGCCGUUUGGAUAUUUUGGAAUAAGUCGUUACUUCACCGGAAUGGAUCAACGAAACGAUGGAAACAAUGGAAAUCAACAACCCCAAAGUUUCAUCGGUCAAAUCGGCUUCGGAAAUGUGAGUGACGGGAGGAUUUUU